GGAUUUUGUUGUUUUAGCCGAUUUCGCUGAUGUUUUGCUGUGAAUGAAAGUAAUGAUCGAAAUUCAGUUUAGCAUUGACCCGUUCUGUGUUUAUUCAAAACUGUGAAACUUGAAAAAAGCUUGUUUUCCUAUGAUGCAGAAUUGUCAACAUCUUCAUAGCUAGCACACUGCGAUAAAAAUUGAGAUGGCGACUAUAGAAAAGCUCAUCAAGGCUUUUGAAGCCUUGAAAGUAUUUCAGCCUGUAACCACAACAGUGGAGGAAGUGGUUACAAAAAAGAAGGACCAGCCACUGUCAAAGAAAGACAAGAUUGCUAGUUGCAACCUCGUUGCAGAUUGUAUCUGUGCUGUUAACAUGAGGUCAGUUCAGGACUUCCCCAAGUUCCUUGGUAUUUCCAUGGAAACAUUCCUGAACCUCUGUGAUGAUCAGGAGUCUGAUAUAAGAAUGGUGGCUGACGAGUGUCUCAACAGGACUAUCAAGACAUUGCUUGAGACGAAUCUAGGUCGUCUACAGGUGGAGCUGUAUAAGGAGAUCAAGAAAAACGGAUCGGCGCGUUGUCUGCGGGCUGCGCUCUGGAGGUUUGCUGAGAUGGCACACCUCAUACGUCCUCAGAAAUGCAGGCCAUACAUAGUGAACCUACUUCCGUGCCUGACCAAAAUCUGCCGGCGAGAGGAUGAGGGAAUACAGGAAAUGUUGCUUGUCGUCAUGGCGAAAAUCUGCCCCGCACUCAUGGGAUUUGCAACUGACACUGAAGUUAAGGUGUUGAUUAAAGCAUUCCUGCCGAACUUGAAAUCCAAGAUGGCGUCAUGUCGGCGUGCAGCAGCCACAUGCCUGACCCUGAUUUGCCAGUAUUCCCGAAGUCCCCCGACCUUCAUCAAGUUUCUCCUGGACUCACUGCUUGAGCUGGUGCUGCCAGUGGACAGUGAGGUGAACAAUCUACAGCUGGUGGGAGCCAUUAUGUGUGUGAGAAACCUAAUGCCGCUGUUGAUGGAGCAUGGAGAGGAAGGGCUUGGAAUGAGAGGCAGCUUCGGGGAGACCAAGCACAAAAAAUUGGAGACUGUCACUACUAACCAACUUGUCAUAGUGUACCAACUGCUCGUGCACCACCUAAGCCACCCGGAUCACAAUGUGGUAACUUCCUGUCUCGAGGCCUUGCAACAGCUUCUGAGAACCCCGCCUGCCCAGCUGAGGCCCAUCCUGAUGACUGAUGGAGGGAUCAGAGAAACUUUUAUAUACAAAAAGGAUAUUAAAGGUCUUCAUAUUGAUGUGUUGGCAGGGAUUCCCUCUACCAGUCAGUUGUCUGUGGCAUCAGAAGACGCUGGAUUGGAUGAAGAAUCAGAGUCAUGUGACAUAAAAGGCCAAUCAGAGGCCUUGACAGAAGAUCUUGACCAAUCAGUGACAGGAGAGCAGCAAUUAACCCAAAGAAACACAGAGAGCUUAAAAGAAAAUGUAAAGGAAUCAGACAUGGGCUUAGUGAUGACUUGUGAUUCAGAAUAUUCCAGUGUAGAAAUUGGAGACAUUAAUGAUGAUGCUUCAGAAAGGUCAGAUCUUUCGAAAGCAAGAGCAGGAAGCCAAGAAACCUUGUUAAGCAUUAAAAGCUUGAGUCCAACUCAUGGAGCAGAAGGAGCAAGUGAAAUAGUAGGACAGGAUAUGAAUGGUAACCCAGAAAUAGAGGCACCUGAGUCCGAAUCUUCAACUUCAUCUACUGUUGAAAUAAACAAUAAAGAUAUACUAGAAAACAUUGGUUCUCCUACGGAAGGUUUGCCGAUACUCUACUGUGUUCGAAUGGUGUGCGGAAGGUUUCUAAUGACAGGAAGGAAAGGGGAGCUAAUGCCGGACAGAAAUGUUAGGGUUAGCCUCAAGAAUCUAGCCAUGGGCUGCGUGGCAAGUGCUGUGAAAAUAUACCCGACUCUCUUUCUCGAAAAACUGACAAUAGGAGGUGAUAAAGAGCCCAACCCAGGGGCUUCUAUCCAGGAUGUGCUGCUGUAUGCAGGCCACCCCGACCCCCAACUGAAAGGCGUGACCAGCCAGAUCAUCGGCAACUUCCUGUCUGCGGCCCUCACAGAGGGAAGAGGGAACUUCAACAAGUGGGUGCAGGCAAGGAAUGUCCCGUCACUGGGUGUUUGGUCCUUGGAGAGUCUUAUGGAGCCCCUGUUGUGUAUCACAGAGGAUUGUUCCUCUGUAGCCGCCCGGCUUGCUGUGUCAGCGCUGGGCACCAUCCUGCCCCAGCUUCUUCACAGUUACCAUGGUGAUGCCGCCAUCAAGGGUCUCCUCAAACUGCUGCAGGUCAAGGACAACUCCUACUGGCUUGUCAAGGUGGAAGUUCUGGAGCUUGUACAGGGUUUGGAUUUCAAGGUGGUCCGACACCUUGAGUCAACGCACGGUCCCCCCAGUCAGCAGGCUUACCUCGGGAGUAUUCGGUUCCAGGACCACAUUCUGGAAGAGCUGGUAUAUGUUUAUGUCUGGGAUGAGGAUGGAAGAGUUCGCAGGGCGGCCGCCAACACCAUCAUCAAACUGGUGGAGCAGCUGUUUUUCCCUGUAGACUAUCCUCAUCAGGAUCCUGUGAUAGCGGUUGCCAGGGACAAUGUUAACCACUUUCUGUCUCCCAUAAUGCACGACUGGUGUCUGCAGCCUCCGCCAUGUGUGCAGGGAUUGGUCAGUCAGUAUCAUGUGACCCCUGGACUGGUUGUGCAAUCAAGCGUGGAAAGUGCCCUCUCUAGGAUUGUGACAGCUUUACUAAGAAAGCUAAACAUGGCACAGACAAAACACCAGAGGGCUGGUUGUAUCCAGUGCCUGUGUGCCCUGUCUGAACGCUACCUGACCUCUGUGUACCCCCAUGCCUGGGGUUGCGCUGUCCACUCCCCCCUCUGGCCCAGGGAAACAGCCACAGGAUACAAAAGACCACCCAAUAGAACACUCAGUGCCUCCAGCACUUUUAGCCUAGAGGAGCUGACCAACAGUUCUGGAGGUGGCCCGCUGCCCACUGUAUUGGCCCUGUUGACUUCCACUGCCGUGACCCUUGACCUUGCCACACACCAACAUGCCCUCCAGCUGGCUGGUAACCUCAUAGCAGGAAGUGCUUAUAGAAGUCUUCGUAGCCAGGAGCAUGAACACACCAAGCCAGACAGCCAAUCAGAAGAGGGUGUGUGGCCUGCAUUGGCCAAUCGGCUGCUAGUGCCUCUUAUUGACCAUCUGCUCACUCAUGUUGCCAGGGUUCUGAAUGCAUUCUCCCACGUGAUAGAUGAACAGAGCCCGGGCCCUCCCCAGAUGAAGACUGCCCUCCCCUCUCUGCCCAAUGCCCCCAGCCUGAGUCCCAUCAAGCGUAAAAACAAGGUGGAGAAAGACACGGGCUCGACCCCAGGCAAUCCGAGCUCGGAUGGGAAAGGCAUGCCAAAGCCUGCACAAAAAGCUGAGAAAGAAAGGGAUUCUGAUAAGGACAAAGGGAAGAAGGAUGGACUCGGGACGUUCUACACACUGCCACAUUAUGUCAAGUUCUACGAAACCUUGAAGGGAGCAUUCUCCAACUAUAAGAUUUCUCUGGACUUGUCAAGCACAGACAAGUUUUGCCUGUUGUUGAAGACGACCUUGACAGUGCUUUGCCAGAUCCUGGAGGUGGCCACGCUUGCGGAUAUCGGGAAAUAUGCAGAGGAGUUUCUCGUGUACCUGAAGUCCUCCAUCACGCUGGAGCCCACUGAUACUGUGCUCUCUGUGCAGCAGCUGUUGAAGGCGCUAUUCGGAACAAACCUGUGUAGUCAGUGGGAGCAGCAUUCCGCGCUCCUGGGCGGGCGGUCAAGCAGGCCAGGUGGGCGGGAUGGGCUCUACCAGGGCACUUUUACGCGGCCCUACUCCCAGUUCACGCAAUCACUGGCUGCUGCCACCAUUAAGGCAGUCAGUCCCGACUAUGAAGAUACCACAGGAAUGCUAACGUACCUGAAGAAGUGUGUUGAGAGAAAAGUGCCGGCUAUCCUUAAACCCAGUAGUAAAGCUGACAAGACGGCGAUUGCAGCAUACAUCCGUCUGUUUGAGCCCCUGGUGAUAAAAGCCCUGAAACAAUACACGGUCACCAGCUCCCUGCCUCUACAACAACAGGUACUGGACCUGUUAUCCCAGCUUGUCCAACUACGGGUUAACUACUGUCUGCUGGACUCGGACCAGGUCUUCAUAGGCUUUGUCAUCAAACAGUUUGAGUACAUUGAGGAGGGGCAGAUCAGGAAAUCAGACACUUUGAUCCCCAAUAUUUUCAACUUCCUGGUGAUGUUAUCGUAUGAGAAGUUCCACAGUAAGCCCGUGAUCACCAUGCCCAAGAUUAUACAGCUAUGUGACGGCAUCAUGGCAAGUGGCCUUGACCCUACUACUCAUGCGAUACCGGCCCUUCAGCCAAUUGUACAUGACCUGUUCCUACUACGGGGCUCCAACAAGGCUGACAUCAGUAAAGAGUUAGAAACACAGAGAGAAGUGAUUGUAUCCAUGCUGCUCAGGCUCAUAUCAUUCCAUCAGGCUAUCGACAUGUUUGUGAUUGUGCUGCAGCAGUGUCACAGGGAGAACGAGGAUCGCUGGAAGCGUAUGUCCAGACAGGUUACUGACACUCUCCUCCCUGCUCUUGCCAAACAACAGAUAGAGUUGCCAGACCAGGUGGCCCUAGAUGCUGUUCACAGGCUGUUUGAGUCUGUGGCCCCAAUUGUGUUCAGGCCCGUGGAUAUUCUACUUAAAACUUUGCUCAUGAAACCGCCAAAUAUUAGUUCAGUACGCGGCCUGGAGCUGUGGAUGUGCCUUGUGUUAGCCAUAUUGCGAGUGCUCAUGGCCCAGACGAAGGAGGAGGUCGUGUUGUCACGGAUACACGAGCUCAACCUCCAACUGCAGGUCCUUCGACAGUCUGAUGGACAGGGGGAGGGGCAGGCGGGGACCGGGCAGAGACAGUUGCUGUCAGGACUGAAGACAGAGGAAAUUAUGGCCAGGUUCUUCUUGCAAAUGAUUGGCUGCUGUGUAUGUAAGAUCAACCAAUCAGAAGUGGGGACAAGGUCAUGUGACUUUCUGUGUCAGCAGCUCUCCCAUCUACUUAUGUACAUUACUCACAUGUUCCAGUCAGGGUCAUUCCGGCGUGUAGCUACAGCCUCAAUUCAGUGUAUCCGACAGCCGCCAUCCCCAUGUUUCUACGGUAUCCAGGAUAUCAACUCCGAGUUCUUGUUGCUAGGCAACAGUCAGCCGACCUUGACCCUCCAGUGGUGCAAUGUGCUUAUCCUCCUCAACUUUAGUGACCAGGCAUUUUGGAGCGAGGUGGUGAAGACGCCCAAGAAAUAUGUCAUGGCUACAAAUGAUGCUGAAAGAGAGGCUGCAACAAACAGAGAUGUUGCUGCGGCAACCAAAGUACAACAUCGUUGUAAUGACGAGAUACUGCGACGAGGGGGAUUAAUCCUGUUCUGUGAUUAUGCUUGUGAAAACCUGAAUGACUCUGAGCACCUGACAUGGGUGCUUAUCAACCAUGUACGAGACCUGAUAGAUCUCUCCCUGGAGGAACCUGUACAGGACUUUAUCAGUGCAAUACACCGGAACUCCGCAGCCAGCAGCCUGUUUAUUCAGGCAAUACACACUCGCUGGGAGGAUGUGAAAAAUCCCGCCCUAGUCAUGAAAACCCUGAAGUGCUUGGAUGCUGUGCACUUCUCACAGAGUGGGGCUCUCCUUACUCUGCUUAUUGACAGGUUCCUGAACACCCACCAUCUGUCAGUGUCGAGGGCGUGUGACAGUAUUGCCUGUCGCCGGGUAGAGAUGCUGCUGGCCGAAUCACCCCAGGAGCGUGUUCAGCAGCUUCCCCUGGAUGACCUUGACAAGCUGUUGACCUUCAUGCAGACCCAUGGGCUCACAAGGAAGCACACCCGUCUCCUCUCCCUGUUGGGCAAAUUUAGGGACUCCAUUGCCGACAACACAUCGUCACCCAUGGGGCCCAGUAACUCGGAACUGCAGGCCUUCAGUGCAGAUCUGAUAAUGAGUAAGGAGAGCUAUAUGCGGCUGGUUCAGUGCCAAUGUUUCCGGUCUACCGUGAACGCCUCCCAGUGUGCCAAGCUCCUGCAGAAUCUUGGCUAUGCUGACAUGCUGGCUGUGCUAAUGACUAAGGAGUUUAAUCUUACCAUAUUGGAGGAGUGUAUUCAGCUGGGAACCAAACGCUCACUUCAUCAGUACAGCCGGGAAUCAGAGGCCCCAGCUACAGGGAACCAGCAAGUCGAGUGGACACUUGAUCCACUGUUUCAAGCUUCUCAGCUGACACUGAUGAGGCAUAUUAGUAAUUUGAUCAAUUUAUUACCAGUUCCGCACGAGAUAUUGAACUUCUCGGACCUUCGUGAACAAAGGACUUCAAAAUAUGUGGAAAAAAUAGAAGAUUUCUUUUCCGAACCCAGCUCUGUGGAAGUAGUGUUUAGUCUGACUUCGUCAUUGUUGCAAUAUCUUGUAUCACUGUCUGUGUUGCCAUGGAAACCAAAGGUGCCGUCAGAAUCUCAGAGGGAUAUUUGCAGAUUUUCUACCUUCUGUUUAGAGUGUAUAGGCUGGUUGCUAAGCAACCACAGCAUGCCCACCGGAGAACAUUUGGCAACCAGUCUACAGUGUGUGAGUGCAGUCCUGCAGAAUAGUGAACUCUGCAUUUUGAUUGGUCAGAAAGAUCAUGUGACUCUUGUGUGCUCAAUUACAAGUGCUGUACACCUAGUUGUGUCAUCCUUAUGUGUGUUGCCAGGGAAACACAUGUGUAUACAUAUCAGACGAGAGGAAACCCCCGCCAAGUCAUCAAGAAAGGAUGACCAUCUUGACUCAUUGACGCGUGCCUGUGAUGAAAUAACUGAACUCGUUCAAUACGCCCUGGAGGUGCGGGGGCCGCAGGUCACCCCCAGUGUGAUCGGCCUGCCACGGACACUUUCACACCUAGUCACCCAGCUUAUUAUUGGUUUGUCGAGACUGCCGGUGUUGAACAGUUUUGCCCGCACCCCACCCAUCGUGUGGAAAAUGGGCUGGAUACCAACACCGAGUGGGGAACCAAAGACAAAGUUACCUCCCCUGCCCCUGGACCUCAUGCUUGAUAAAGAAGUGCUGAAAGAGUUUGUCCUCAGAAACAGCAUAAUAGGCUGGAUAUCCCGGCAGCAGUUUGAGGAGACCUGGAUGAGCCUUUUGGGAGUUCUUAACCCGGAUGCAUCUGAACACGAGAUUUCACCUGAGGAAGAGGUAGAGAGGACCCAUUGUAUGGUGCUGGCAGUACGGGCCAUCACGGGCAUGCUGGUACAGACCAUGAUAGUCCCCACCCCAGGAAAUCCCACCCAGGGGACAUUUGACGUCCAGCCCCGAGAUAAACCCCUCGCAUUUCUUCAUACAAGGUGUGGUAAGAAGCUGACUGUGAUACGAGGGCAUGUGGAACAGGAACUCAACAAACUCACACACGCCAGGCCGGGGAAAGGGUUCUGCUGCGGUGGGGUUAAGUACAUGUUUGACGCCAACCUGGAGAGAGAUGUAGCUGUGGAUGACUACAGUCUGGGACAGGUGUCAAUUGAAUCCAUAUGGUCAGUGGUUGGAGUUCUGGAUUCAAAUCUGUCCGACUCCGAGACCACCGACUCUAUGGAGAGCUCCAGUCACCAGGACCUGCCACUAGCAUCCUUCGGGGCACCUGGCACUUCCUCGGCAACCAACCUAGCAACAAGCCUCUCAGAAGACACCAUCACCAGGGAUACGGCAUUAUACGUGGCAGGACUGGAUGUACACUCCUGCCUGCAGUUUCUGCUAGAACUGUACAGACAAUGGCUUCUCCCAAAUGGCAAUAAUAAACCAUCCCUUAUGUUGCUCAAUGAAGUUAUCAAGUCUGUUGUGUGCCUGUCUGACCUAUUUGCGGAGCGCGAGCAGUUUGAUUGGCUCCUAGAUACCCUGUUUGAGGUUUACAAGUCCCAACCCAACGAAGAUGAGAUCUCACUACAGUAUCUCACUGUUGGCGUGUGUAAGGCAGCUGCUGUUGUUGGAGUGCUGCUGAAUCAGGCUCCUGACAAUACAUCAGCUGAGCGACUUGUGAAGAUAAUAGACGCAAAUCUGCGGAGUACGCAUAUCCCAAGCCGGUUAUCGGCGCUUCACGGCGUGUUGUAUCUGUUGGAAGCAAACAUACAUGAAGUCUCCAGGCAGCUGGUUCCCCUUAUGACUGACUACCUGCUCAAAACAAUACAGUCUCAAAUACAAUUGGCUGUGUACAAUGAGCGAUUCAUGCUGACCCUGUGGGCCACCGCCUUCUAUCUUCUGGAGAACUACAGCAGUGAGACACGGGACACAGAUUUCCCGGCCCACAUACUGCAGCUUGCCAUUACCAUGGCCUCGAGCAAUGAAGAGAGCAUUACUACCACAGUGUACCUGGCGAUUCUGAAAGGUCUUGAGAGGUUAUUGCUAACUGACGUUCUCACAUCGCAGGACGCUGACCUCAUCGUGAAACUGAGCGUCGAUAGCUUGAAAAUCAAUAAAGAAAGGUUGUGCCUGCCCAGCCCCCAGAGAUCCCUAGCCGCCCUGGGUCUGCUCUUCACCUGUAUGUACUCAGGUAAGCAGUAUGAUGGGUACAGCCCCCGCCCAAGGGACCAGGAGACGUUCACGAUGGAAGAGCCCAAUGACCUUCUACAAGACCCAGAGUCCCUGAUACUUGCCAUGGAGAGGGUCACCGUACUCUUUGACAGAAUCAAGAAGGGUUACCCAUACGAAGCAGGGGUGAUAUCGACAGUGUUGCCGGCAUUCCUGGUGGACUUUUUUCCUGCCCAAGAUAUCAUGAACAAAGUGAUCGGGGAGUUUCUCUCGAGCCAACAGCCUUACCCACACCUUAUAGCGGGUGUUGUAUUUCAGGUAUUCAGCAACUUACACGAGCAGCGUCAACACGGGCUGUUGAGGGACUGGGUCAUGCUGUCCCUGUCAAACUUCACUCAGAGAACACCUGUUGCUAUGGCGAUGUGGUCGCUAACAUGCUUCUUCAUCAGUGCGUCAACAAACACCUGGCUUAGAAACCUGUUAUCCUAUGUUUUAAUGAGAAUGGGCAAAAUAGAGAGCGUCGAUCGGCGCCUGUUCUGUCUAUCCGCCAUGGACUUCUACAGGCAGCUUUCAGACGAGACGUCUAGACGAACAUUCCAUCAGACAUUCCAGAAUGCAGGGACCAACCAGCCGGAGUCACCUUACACAGAACUACUGGAUUUUAUUACUAAAUCUUAAGGAUAGUGUUUAUUUAAAUGCUAAGUCUUCAGAACUUUGUAUUGCUAAAUCUGAAGUAUUUAGUUUGAGUGCAUUUGUUUGAUAUAUCGUUGUAUUAUUGUUAUAAUCAUGUGCACUCUUCAAUUGCUUGACUUUUGAUUGAGAACUUUGUGAAAGUUAACAAUGGGAUUAUCGAUAUUGUUGGUAACUUUUAAACGUGAACUAUUUGAUGAUGUGCUGAUAUAUUUUAAUUAAAACAAGUACAGUUGAAACAGUUGUCUAAAAUCUUGUUAGAAAUACUACAGAUCACAAAUGUAUCCAUUUAACUUUCAAAACAGAAAAGAUUUGAAAGUUAACAAUGAUGAUGUUAACUUUGUUAACUUAAACAAAAUUCUGAAUAAUCAGCCAAUUGUGUCUAUUAAAAGUAUUUUUAAGAGUAUUUAUACAUUUUUUAUGUGCUUAUAUACAUGUUAACUUGUAUGUUAAAACACAUAUAACAUUUUAUAUAAACUAAUACAAAUAUAUCGCUGAACUUAUGCAUGUAUGAUAAUAAUAGUGGUUGUAAAUCUAACCGCGGCUUUUAUCAAAAUACAUGAACAUGUAUACCCAAUCUAGUAUAAAGGUUGUUGUGUGGUAUGUUGCUCAGUUGGAAAAUAAUGCUAUACACGUAUACAUUGCUAUGUGUAAUCCAACUUUUAAAAGAAAUUAUAUAUUUUAAUUUAAAACAUGGAGAUUAUUUCUGUUGACUGUGUUAGGUUUUGUUUUGUUUUGUUUUUAGCUAUAAGUUGUUAAUAAGGUUGAAGUUAUAUUAAAUCUUCUUUAACAAGGUUGAAAUUGUCUUUGACUUAAAUAUGACUUUCGUUAAAUAGACAGUACCUAGAACAAAUAAGUAUUUAACUCCAGCAAACAGGAGUCUCUAUAUUUUUUUUGGCAAAUAAUGUUCUGAAUUGCACUUAAGAGACAGUAUCACAUCAAUAUGUAUCGCAUCAAUGGCGGCCUUCAGGCAGUCAGUUUCAACUCUUCAUAGAGUUUUGUUUGUAACUGCACAGUUCUUAUGAGCAUUAUUUAACACUGCUAUUCAGAUAGCCUGUUCAAGUAACUGCAUUUAAAUUACCGGUAUUAAAUAUUUUGAGAAGUGAUUUGCACAUUGAAUUUAGCACUUCUUUCUACUUCAUUAGCUUACUUGCAGUUUAGCUUUACUUGAUAUUGCUUUGAUUUGAUUUUGUUUUAUGAAAUGUUGCUUUCCGUUUCAUGAAUCAGCUCAAGCAAGAGUUUCUCUACAUUUUCUUGAAUAAAUGUGAUAUUGAAAUUCCAAGAUUUUGAAAUGCGGGAUGUUACAUCGAGAACCCUUAGAACAGUUUUGUAUUAAGGAAAGAUUUUCAGCAGUAGUAUUGCACUGUUCGAAAUCUCUAAUAGGAAUAAAAUCACUCCUAGUACUAUUGAAAGAAACCUCUCCUAAUCAUUGAUGAAAUCACUCUUAGAACUCCUAUUGAAAAUCUAUCCUCAGUAUGAAAUUACACCUAGGAUUAUUCAUUAAAUCACUCCUAGUAUUACUAUUGAAAACCUCUCCUAAUUACAAAAUCACUCCUAAGAACAAAAUCACUCAGAACAAAAUCACUCCUAAGAAUCUGAUAAAAUCACUCUUAGUACUAGUAUUAAAACCAUCGUUCUCUCCAAUACAAAUCGCUCCUAGCAUUCUUGAUGAUAUGGCCAUCUUGCCCCAAUUUAACUAAAUAUCUUAGGUUUAACAAGUUUUAGUAUCAUAUUUCAUUUAGCCAAAAUUACUUGCUUAAAUUUGAUUUUACCAAGUUUAUCAUUAUUAUCUGUUUGUACUAUGCUGUAAUAGUUGAACACUCGUUAAAUAAAGUAAAAUACACAAUUUAUAUCAAAUGAAAUAGAGCUUAGCUUGAUUCUUGUAUGAGGGACUUUAGGUUGUCGCAUUACAACAGUGGACUGGUCAAGGGUUUGAUUCCCAACCUGGGCCAAGUGAGUUUGGUUGCUGGUCACAAAGACCGACGAGCAGUUUUUUUUUAGGGUUCUCCCCACAACAUCAGCACUCUAGGGCAACAUCAUGCCAACAAGAGUGACUUAGCAUAUAAUAAAUAUAACUUUCUUCAAAUUUGUUUUGAAAUACAGUUUAAACUAAGAUUGAUUGAGAAAUUUGAGUCUGCUCCAUUAUUGGUUUACAUUUGAUGCUUUCCAGCAAAACUGAUACUUUCUUUACUAGAUGAAGAAAUCCGUUCUCUAAGUUUUCUGAUGGAGUGCGUGAGCAUUCAGAGGUACAUAUAUAUGAAUCAGUAACAUUUUGUUGGUAAUAUAUGAAUCCAUCACUUUGAUGUACUGUAAAUGCAUUUUUUUUGAUAAUUGCAUUUAUUGACCCAUGUUUUUUGAUAGGCACCCAUCCCGCGCCCCCAUUAAAUCAUCCAAGUUUACUUUUUAUUUCAUUAUAGGAGAAAAAAGUAAUUAAUUACGCCCAAAAUGCACCAUUUCCGAAUAGAAAUUAUUAAAAAAAUUCUUUGUUGACUGCCCUCAAAUCCCCCUGCCAACACAUUACCCUAAAUUAAUUUUGGUUCUUAUGAAGGAGCAUAAUUUGAAAGGUAAGGCCCCUAAGUUACCUUAAGUCAAAUCCUCGGUCCGCCCUGUAAACAAUUGUUGUAGACAUCAAAUUUGGUAUGCACAUUGGUCGUAGCCAGCAUGAUGACCCCGAUUGAUUUUGGGGUCAGUAGGUCAAAUGCCAAUGUCUUACUAUAAGGUUGAUGGGCGCUCUUCAUCAGUUUUGCUGAAUCCUUUUAAGUAGAUAUAAUUGUUUUCAAAUUAAUAAGUGUUCUUUGAAUUUGCUAUGCAUAAUUAUGUUGUUAUUAUUUAUUAAUUAUUCUAAUUUUUCGUAUACAUCUAGCUUAAAGUGAUGUAUUGUUACUGUGUUGUUUAUUUUCUGUUGUUAUGUCACCAUGCAAACAUGAUAUCUAGAAAUCAAUAAAAUUUCUA